GUUCAAAAAAAAGAAAAAGAAAAAGAAAAAGAACAUAUUCUAGAUUUCAACUUUUAGCUUCUUCUUUCUCUUUUUUUUUUUUUUUUAACUUCAACAAUUAUAAUAAGCAUGCUCUUAAUUUACAGAAAGCUUAUUGCACUCAAUGGAACUCUUAUCUGUUGCUGGAGGUGCUUUUUUAACUGUUGUUUUUGAGAGGUUGUUCAACAAGUUAGAGUUUAGCAGAGCACUGAAUUUACAAGGGCAUGUCCUUAUUAAGCUACGACAAUGGGAAAGCUUAUCAUUGAAAAUUCAUGCCCUACUUGAAGAUGUAGAAAAGACUCAAAUGUUCAAUUCCAGCCAUUUGGUGAACAUAUGGCUUGAUGAUAUUAGGGACUUAGCUUAUGAUAUGGAGGACGUCCUGGAUGAAUUCAUGACAGAUGCUCAAAAAAGCAACUUAACUACAAAACCUCACUAUGCCAGCACCAGCAAACUUAUCCCUUCAUGUUUCAACUGUUUCAAACAAAGUGAGUUUGUCUCUAAUUCCCAAGCUAUUUCUAAAGUGGAUGAUAUCACUCGCAAAUUGCAGUCCAUGAUAGAUGAAUCAAAGACACUCCACUUAAUGAGUUCGACAAUGCAAGCUAGAGAUGGACUUAACAAAGCAUCUACAAGAAGAUUACCCACUACUUCUCUGCUUGAACCUUAUGUUUAUGGUCGAGAAAGUGAUAAAGCAGCUAUUCUUGAAAAGUUGCUCAAUGAUGAAGGCAGCAGUUCCAAAGGAUUUUGUGUUAUUCCUAUCCAUGGGAUGCCAGGUGUCGGAAAGACCACUCUAGCUCAACUUGUUUACAAGGAGGUGAAGCCAGAAAGCUUUGAGCUUAAGGCCUGGGUUUGUGUAUCUGAUCAAAUUGAUAUCCCGAGCAUAACAAGAACUGUUCUAGAGGCAGUUGGGGGAAAGUGUGAUUCGAAUGAUUUGAAUUUGCUUCAACAAGAAUUGCACAAGAUGUUAUCUAAUAAAAAGUUUCUACUUGUACUGGAUGACAUUUGGAAUGAGGACCCCUACUUGUGGGAUAGCUUACAAAAACCAUUCUUAUCUGUGGCAGUUGGAAGUAAAAUAAUGAUCACAACUCGUAGUGAGCAUGUUGUAGAACUUAUGCAAGGGAAGUCUAGAGCUCACCACCUAAAAGUGUUGAAAGAUGAAGAGUGCUUGUCAAUAUUUGCUCAACGUGCUUUGGGAGCUGACAACUUUGAUGCAUACCCAAGUCUAAAAGAAGUUGGAGAGAAUAUUGUUAAAAGGUGCAAAGGAUUACCACUAGUUGCAACAAUCCUUGGAGGCCUUUUAUGUGAUAAGUUAGAUCAUUUUACUUGGGAACACAUCUUAAAUAGUGAAAUAUGGGAGCUACAAGAAAGUGAAAGAGGCAUUCUUCCAGCUUUAAGAUUAAGCUAUUAUUAUCUUCCGUCUUGUUUAAAGCCAUGUUUUGCUUACUGUGCUGUGUUUCCUAAAGACUAUGAGUUUGACAGGAAUGAGCUAGUUUUGCUGUGGAUGGCUGUGGGGCUUUUCCAAAAACAAUAUUUAGAAGAAGUUGGACAUCAAUAUUUUAAUGAGUUAGCAUCAAGAGCAUUUUUUCAGAGGUCAAGUAGGCAUGGAUCACGGUUUGUGAUGCAUGAUCUAAUACAUGAUUUAGCUCAAUUUGUUGCUGGAACAACAUCCUUCAAUCUAGAAAAUCUAUGGAAAGCCAAUAAAAAAUCAAAAGUGAAUUUUGAGAAGGUCCGCCAUUUGUCAUUUUACCCUGGCCAGUAUGAUAUAUCCAAGAAAUUUGAAGUUCUGAAUGAAAUGAAGAGUUUAAGAACAUUCAUUCCCUCUGUUUCAAUCUCUCUACAUGAUCAAUUCUAUAUAUCAAAUACAGUGGUGCAUGAUUGGUUACCAAAAUUACGGUGCUUAAGGGCAUUAUCUCUUUGCAAUUAUAUCAUACGGAAACUACCAGAUUCUAUUGGAGAUUUAAAAUGCUUGAAGUACCUCAAUUUGUCAAGAACUUUGAUUGAGAGCCUACCUGAAUCCAUAGGGUUCCUUCUCCAAUUACAAACAUUACUGUUAUUCAAUUGUGACAAGUUUUUGAAAUUUCCUUCGACAAUUGGGAACCUAGUUGAGCUCCAUCAUCUGAAUAUUAAGGGGACAGAUUCUUUAGAAGAGAUGCCAACAGGAAUAGCCAAUCUUAAAAAUCUUUUGACACUUUCCAAAUUUAUGGUGGGGGAGGCAAAUGGAUUGAUGAGAUUAUCUGAUUUAAAGAACUUCUCGCAACUUCGAGGAAGAUUGUCUAUUUUGGAUCUACAAAAUGUUUUUGAUAUUCAAGAUGCUAGGGAAGCCAACCUAGGUGUCAUACAUGGUCUUAAUGAUUUACUCUUGGAGUGGACUUCUUAUUACAGUAAUUCAAGGGAUAGAAGCAAUGAUGAAAUGCAUGUUCUAAAUUGGUUAAAACCUCAUUCAAAUUUGAAAAGUCUCAAAAUUGUUUUCUAUGGUGGCUACAAAUUCCCAUUAUGGAUGGGUGAUCCAUUAUUUUCUAGUUUAUCACACUUGGAGCUCAAAAAUUGUGAGAGAUGCACUUUGUUGCCAUCACUUGGACAAUUACCUGUUCUUAAAGAAUUGAGAAUUGAAGGAAUGAAGGCAAUAGAAGUUGUGGGUCUUGAGUUUUAUGGGCAUGGCACUUUUCCAUCACUUCGUAAACUAGUGUUUCGCAAUAUGUUUAAUUGGAAAGAAUGGUCUUCUCCAACAGGAAGUAGAGGUGAAUUCCCUGGUCUCUAUAGGCUUGUAAUUCAAAAUUGUCCUAAGUUGAUAGGACAAUUACCAAGCAACCUUGGUUACCUUAUAAGUCUUGUGAUAUAUAAUUGUCCAGAGUUAAGAUGCUCCUCUAUGAGUCUUCCGUUGCUUAAACACCUAAAUAUUGAAAAUUGUAAUGUUGCUCUUUUGAAGAACAUGAUUGAUCUCACCUCUGUCAAUAGCUUGAAAAUUGAGAGAAUUUCAGAGCUAAAUUGCAUGCCUAAGAGUUUUGUGGAGUCCCUAACAAUGCUUAAGUUUCUGAGUGUUAAAAGUUGUGAAGAACUUACUUGUUUGUGGGAGGAAGGAGCAGCAAUAGCAAACCUUGCUCAUCUAGAGGGAAUGGUAAUUUUUGAUUGUCCUCUUCUUGUGUGUUUGGCAGGGACAGAACAAGGCCUCCCGCCUUUCAACCUUAAAGAUUUUCACCUCUCGAACUGUGGGGAAUUUGGGUCAUUACCCAAUAUGAUGAUGAUGAACAUGGAUGGAAGCAGUAACAACAUCUUGUUUACGCUGAAAAAUUUAACCAUCAGGCAUUGUUCUUCUCUCAAGUCUUUUCCAAGAGGGAAAUUAUCUACCACAAUUAAAUCACUAUGCAUAAGCACUUUUGAAAAUCUUGAAUCUCUACUGGAUGUUAACAAUAGCAAUCUUAAAGGUUUGAAACUACGCGCACUUCCAUCUCUAAAUUCUUUUCAAGGUGGUCAAUUGCCAGAUUCUCUUGAGCAUUUUUAUGUUGAAAAUUGUAGAGGGUUGGAGUCCUUUCCAAAGAGGAUGCUGCAACAUUGCACUAGACUUCAACGUAUGGUUAUAAGUUAUUGUGACAAAUUGAAAAGCUUACCCAUCAUUGAUGGCCUCAGCAACCUUGUUUAUUUACAAGUUGCAAACUGUGAAGUUUUAGAGGCCCUCCCAGAGUUGGGUUCAUCCAUCCCCAAUUUGGAGUAUUUGACGAUAAUAGGGUGUAAGAGUCUUAAGACCCUAUCAGAUACCUUGUACCAGUUGCAAUCGCUUCAGAGCUUAUACAUAAGAGACUGCCCCGGCAUCAAGUGCAUUACAGAUGGGGCUUUGCCCCCAAACUUAACAAGUCUUGUGUUAUAUUGUGAGAAUCUCAUGUUGCUGCCAAAUAACGUGGUUGAGUUGAGAUCGCUUCAAAGACUAUCCACUUCAGAUGGGCAUUUGUUGGUGGGAUUGGGCCUCCACAACCUUAGCUCUCUUCAGGAGUUGGCAAUUAGUCGAACAUGGCCUCCUAAUAUUGUGUUGCCAUUUUCUUUAACGUCUCUUUUGAUCACUGAUGUAGAAAAUCUGGAAUAUAUACCCAAAGGGCUUCACAACCUUAACUCUCUUCAACAGUUACAUAUAUACAACUGUCCGAAGCUCCGGUCCUUGCCAAGGGAAGGCUUGCCUCCCUUGCUUGGAAAACUCAACAUCAAAAAUUGCCAACAUCUAAAACAACAACGCUUUGAGGCAAAAGGAGAUUAUUGGCAUCUCACCCGUAGCAUCGCCUGCAUUGAGAUAGAUCAGGAUCAGGUUAUGUAUGGCUAACUAGUUGGUAGCAAGAACCAAUUCUUACUUGAAGCUCAUGAAUCCUACAAUUUAUUGUUCAGGUAUGGUAUAUUUAUUCUUGGUUUUUAAUUUUGGUUUAUGCUGCAUUCAAUUUGCCUCAAAAUGAUUUAUGCUUUUAUGAUUAUUGGAAAGAGAUUAAAUGGUUGAGACUUGA